AGAUAGAAGCAAUUAACCCUACCCUUCCUCUCUCAACUACCUUAACCAACCUCCUCCCUCUCUCUCUCUCUCUCUCUCUCUCUCCAAAAUCUGCACCAUUCUCUCCCUUCCUCCCUCCAUUCCUGUGCAUGCCUUCGCUUCAAGCAACCAAAACUCCAUCAAUCGCAGCGAAACAGACCCACAUCCCUCUCUCUCUCUCUAACCAUCGCCAUUUUCAUUGUCCCCCUCCCACGUCCUCGGCGGAAGCUCCACCUCGGACCCCUCUCCUCAAAUUCCAUUCCAGGAAGCUCCCAAGAGAGGAGAAAAGAUAGGAAAGUUUCUGCCUCCUCCCUCAAUGUGGCGGCCGUGGGCCAAAUCGACCGUCAAAGCUCGCGGCCCGCCUUCCUCCGUCAUCUUCUCAUGCACCACCUUCAAGGACAUCCAGUCUCUCUGCGCCGAUCCCUCCUCCCCUUUUCUUCCCCCCAGGAAUCGCCCCCUUCUCCUCCGCCCCACCGUCCCCGCCACCUCCUCUCUCCUACGCUCCCGCUCCGUUCCCACUCCCACGCCCAAACCCGAACCCGAACCCGAACCAGUCAAAGCGCAACCCAACCCGCCCGUCCCCAUCCCCGGCGCCGCCGACAGCAACCGCAUUGUCGUCUACUUCACGAGCCUGCGCGUGGUGAGGCCGACCUUCGAGGACUGCAAGGCCGUCCGAUCCAUCCUCCGCGGCUUCCGCGUCAGGAUCGACGAGCGGGACCUGUCCAUGGACUCCGGCUUCCUGGCUGAGCUCCAGGGGAUCCUCGGCGAGCCUGGGAAGCCCGCGCUGCCCCGGGUGUUCAUUGGCGGCCGGUACGUGGGCGGCGCCGAGGAGAUACGGCAGCUGCACGAGAUCGGGGAGCUGAAGAAGCUGGUGGAGGGCGUGCCCGCGGCGGAGCCCGGCGUCUGCGACGCCUGCGGCGGCUACCGGUUCGUCCUGUGCGGCGAGUGCAACGGCAGCCACAAGCUCUACGCCGAGAAGAGCGGAUUCCGGAGCUGCACGGCCUGCAACGAGAACGGCCUCGUCAAGUGCUCCUCUUGUACAUCCGCACCACUCUAAUCAUCCGGCGCCAUUCCUACUAAAAUCAAAAUCAAUCUCAAUCAUACAAUCACGCGACCACAUUGACGCGACCAAGAUCACAAGUUUACCAUGUGAACGAGAUUGAUCAAAUCUUAAUACAAUCAUGCCAUGCUAAUUGUAAGUUCCUUUUUUUGUCUGAACCUUCUUUUAGAUUUUAUUUUAUUUUUUAUUUUUUAGCUCUGCUAAUCUGUUGAGAAAAAAAAAAAAAAACUUCUUUCUUUCCUCAUAAUUAAUGGGGUGGGAAACAAGCAUAGGCCCCAUAAUAACUGGGAAGCAUGAAGCAUAGUGUACCCCAUUACCAGGUGGAGGGGAUGGUGGGAUGAACAGAAGUCAAGCUGACUUUUUGACCUUUUUUGGUUUAGUGUCUGCUCCUUUUCUUAUUGCUGUGUAUGGAAGGAAGUAGUGACAAGACUGUGACAGGAGAGGUAGGACUACAACACGAACAUGCCAUGUUCUUCACAUCGCAUGGCCCUUGUAACAUAAUGUAAUCUUGAUUGUGGUUAUGAGAUUUUUUUCGCUUCUUUCA